AUGGUUCCCCUGCUCCUCGACGUCAACUCCUCCUUCUACGCUCGCUGGAAGGAGUCCUUCCUCAACAUCCUCGGCAAGUACUCCCUGCAGUCUCACAUCCUCUCCGACACCGUCUCGCCUGCCUCUCCAUCCUGGGUGCGGAUGAAGUGCGUCGUUCGCACCUGGCUGAUCGGCGCCAUCUCCGACGACCUCGCCGACAUCGUCAGUCAGUGUGGGGCUUUUGCUCGCACCAUCUGGCUCGCCAUCGACUCCCAGUUCUUUGGGAAUCGCAUCACGCGCGCCCUCUAUGCCGACCAGGAGUUUCGCGCCUUCACCCAAGGCGAUCUGUCCGUCGUCGAAUAUUGCCGCCGCUUCAAGCGUAUGGCCGAAGACCUCUGGGACCUCGGCCAACCUGUCACCGAGGCAACGCUCAUUCUCAACAUCAUCCGUGGGCUGAACGAGCGCUUUAGUGCUCUCGGCCUUCAUCUCCACCACAGCAACCCUCUGCCCACUUUUCUGCAGGUCAGAGAUGAUCUGCGCCUUGAGGAACUCACCAUGGCCAAAGCUCCUCCGGCCAUGGUGCUCGCUGCCCUCUCCAGCCCUACUACUGGCAGCUCCGGUGGCCCCAGGCCACCAGCCUCCACGCCUUCGCGUCCUUCGCCGCAACAGCCCUCUGCCCCGAAGUCGCCACAGCAAGCGAUGUCUGACUCCGGGGGCGGCGGUUCCCAGCGCGGCAAGCGCGGUGGCAAGCGCCACAAGAAGGGCGGCGGCAACUCCGGCGGCAACGGGAGCUCUUCCUCAAGUGGCACCCCUACUUCCGGUGGCACAGGCGGACCAGGCCUAGGCUGGCCCUCCUACCACAACCCCUGGGCCGGCUCCAUCUACAUGUGGCUGGGCCAACAGGCUCCGGCGCUGCCUCGGUCUGCUAGCCCAAUCCAGCAGCCACAGGCCUUCUUCGCUGGCCCAGGACAGUGGGCCGGUCAGUGGGGUGUUCCACCUCCAGCGGCAUACACCCCUCCGACUCCCUCCCUUGCUGGCGGGUGGGACCAGCAAGCUCUCGUGGCGAAUUUCCAGACCAUGUCGCUCCAGCAACCUCCACAACAUGAGUGGUACUUCGAUUCUGGUGCCACCAACCACAUGACCUCCGACGCUGGCUCUACCCAGUCGGACCGAGAUCGUCAGAUGUGA